AUUUAAGUGUCUGUCUGUCAGUGUCAGAUACUGAGAAAAUUGCUGGCUUGGUUGUUCUGCUUGCCUGUGCAUAAUUGCAUUUAAAGACAAUUUGAUUCAAUUAAUUACUAACAAUCCCGAAAAUGUGUGGAUCUGUUAAACUCCGAGCGGCAACAUGGAAGACUCCAGUAAAUACCAACAAAUGCAAGAUGAAAUGUCCAGGUUCGAGGCGGAGAUCUCUGGCGGCGACGUGGUGGGCGCAGCGGUGUCCCGCGCGGUGAUCGGCGCGGCCACGUUCGGCGCCGUGCAGCAGCAGCUGGAGCGCGCGGCGGCGCCCGUCAUGCCGGCCUUCGACAUGACCAUGAUGUACCCCACUGUACCGCCGCCGCCUCCACCGCCCUCUAUUAUGGUGCCUUCUCAGGUCCGUAUGCGUCCGGGCGGGCCGGGCGAGGGUGGUUUCCCCCCGGCGUUGCCGUACCUGCGCCCAGGACUGCCGGGCCCACAGCUGAUCCCACCACCGCCUCCCAAGCCGCAGCCGGUUGUUCUGUCUGCUGCACCCAAACUAUACAAACAGCCUAAGGAAGAUGAGGAAAAGAAGGAAAAGGAAAGCAGAAAGAGGAAGCGCAGCCCGCCGCCGCCGCCGCCGCGGCCGGAGCCGGUGGUGGAGGCCCCGCCGGUGGUGGCGCCGCCGCCGCCCACCAUCAGCGUGCCCGACACGCUCACCAAACCCAAGAAGGAGAAGAAGAACAGGAAAGUAGUAAGAACAGCUGGUGGACAAGUUUGGGAGGAUGUGACUCUUUUGGACUGGCCUGAUGACGACUUCCGUAUGUUCUGCGGAGACCUGGGCAAUGAUGUCACAGAUGAACUGCUUACGAGAACAUUCAGUAAAUACAGUUCGUUUCAAAGGGCGAAAGUGAUUCGCGACAAACGGACGAAUAAGAGCAAAGGAUUCGGUUUCGUCAGCUUUAAGGAUCCCGGAGAUUUUAUCAAAGCGAUGAAGGAAAUGGAUGGUCGUUACGUGGGCAGUCGACCGAUUAAGCUGAGGAAAAGCACAUGGAGAACCCGCUCCCUCGACGUCGUAAGAAAGAAGGAGAAAGAAAAGGCCGCCCUACUCUCUCUACUCAUGUCCGGAAAUAAGAGCUGACAAAACUAGUCAUUGUAUAUAAACAUUGGGGCUGCCGUAGAAAAAUAUGUAUCAAUACUUUUUAACUAGCAACAUUUGAAUAAAAAAAUGUUUCAAGUUUCGAUGUAUGAUUUUAAUAAAACUGGUUCAAUAAAAUCUAGUACAAUGUAUGAAGAAUAUGUUCUGUAUAGUUAAUAACUGUAAGCUUCAAAAAGUUAAAUGAUAGAUUUUUAGCUCAGCCCCCUUCGUUUUGUAAACCCUAGCUAUAAAGUUAGACUAUAUUUUAUUAUAAUAAAUAGGUGUAAUAUAA